AUGACGAUGAUCAGAGUACUGAUACAAGACUGCCACUUUCGUAUUCGCAAAUAUCGCCAGGUGAUAGAACAACAUUUGUCAACUUGCCAGUCGACUCUGACCGCUCCCGAGCUGGAAGCCUUGAGGGCGGCAAUCCUCAAUGGGGCACAGCGUCACCGAAAGCUGCGCGAUGGUCAACUUUCGGAGAAAUUCAGUAAAUUAAGUCCGCCGAAACAGCCCUCCUCUGAUGGAAUCCUGAUUCACAACCUAUCCUCUCAUCGUCUCACGCAACAACAGCUAGCGGUCCUAUCCUAUGACACUAAGUUCAGCACGAGAGAUGCUCGACCAGAAGACUUCAUCGCAUCCUUCGAAUCAGCGCUCCAGAAGUGCGAGGCAGAUGAAGAACGCAAACACGCCAUGCGGCAACAGGUGUCGUCUUUGCUUCUCCAGCACAAAUCCCAAACGACGAUUUCCGAAGCUGAAGAACGAGAACUUUUCAAUAUACGAAAAAUUAAGAAUAUCGUCACCCUGCCUGCUGACAAGGGGCGCUCGACGGUCGUCAUGGAUUAG